AUGGGAUCAGGGAGCCAGGCCAGCGAAGAAGACACUGACGCUGUCUUUAUUGGCCGAGAUGAUAUCAGUGAUUACAAUCCGGCGCAGUUGCUUCCCGAGCUUCCAGAGGUCAUCGAGAAAAUUCGAGCUUGGUUGCAGCCAACAGCAUACGACAUCGCUGGGGGAGAAUACCGGAGGCACUUGUCGUCUCACGUUGCCGGCACAGGACACUGGCUCACCUCGAGUGAUCAAUAUAAAGAAUGGAUGACAAGCGACGAGCAUGGAAUGCUCUGGAUCAAGGGCAUCCCGGGAUCUGGAAAGUCAGUAAUGGCGGCCAAUCUAAUCAAUGAUAUUGCCAAGUCGAAUCCAGGCUGUCCGGUGUUGUACUUCUUUUUCCGCCAAAUUAUUGACGCCAAUCAUGAGCCUCGAGCUUUACUACGUGAUUGGAUGGACCAAAUCUUGAGUUAUAGCCCACCUUUACAGAAGCAACUGAAGGAGUAUGUACAGGAGAAUCGAUCUCUUGACAGCAUAUCUCCGGAAACUAUGUGGAAUCACUUGCGCCUAGCCUUUGUCAGUCUUCCUGGAAAAGUCUUCUGCGUCGCUGACGCACUUGAUGAGAUGGAUCGUGGCAAUGAGAGGUUCCUCAGGACACUUGGAGACAUUAGCCAAUGGCGACCAAAGACGGUCAAGUUCUUGAUCACCAGCCGUCCAGUGUCAAGUGUAGAAGUGCCACUAAGAAAGGCCCGUUGCCUGCACAUCCGUUUGCAGGAAACCUUGGUUGAUAUGGACAUUUCAACCUAUGUCCAUUUCGCUCUAUCAAGAUCCAGCAUCCCAGAGAGCGAUUGGAAAACGAUUGCGGAUGCGGUCCCGGGCCGUGCGAAUGGCUUGUUUCUCUACGCCAAACUAGCCAUGGAUGCGUUUCUCGAGCCAAACGUCGACAUCAAUGCAGUUCUCCUGAAGCUCCCAACAGAUUUAAACGCCUUAUAUACCGACCUAUUGAGAGAGCAUGCAAAAAGAUCUGGUGUGCCGGAUAAUAUUCAGCACCUCAUUUUGCAAUCUGUCACUCAUGCUACUCGUCCUUUGAGACUGCUUGAGCUAGCAGAAAUGAUCAGGAUCAGCAUGUUUAACGAUUCCAAGUGGGAUAUAAAAGCUACCAAGGGACUCAUCAGAGCUGCAUGUGGCCCAUUGCUGGAAAUAUUACCUGAUGAAACAGUUUCGGUAAUACACCACUCUUUCACUGAAUACCUUAAGGGUACUACACGACCGGGCGAGGGCCAACACAUUGGGUAUCCUGUCCUGCAGAUGGGCCCAACGCACGCUCAACUUGCCUUGCAGUGUAUUCUGUACUUGAAUUCUGGGUGCUUGAAUUCCGUCGUCCUUGAGACGGAUGAAGAAAUUGCCGAGAUGCCACACGACCAAUGGGGACGCGGCGGUGGCUAUUUCGAGAUGAGGCGCAAAGUAGAGGAGAUGGAAGUCGAAAUCAGGCUUCAGUACCCAUUCUUUGAGUAUGCAGCCAGUAAUUGGCACCAGCAUAUUGCAAAAUCCGAAGCUGCCGGCCAGGAUCAGAAAGAGAUCAACGCAAAGCUUAACGAACUAUUUGGACUCGAUAACAAUAUGAGGGCAUGGCUCAAGAUGAGGUGGCCAGAACACAGCAUGGGCGCUAGAAAUGUCACACAGCUUCAUCUCGCGGCCAAAACAGGCCUGGCAUCAUACGUGAAAGAAUUACUGGGAAGCUUCGACAUAAAUGUGCCGGACAUCUACGAUAAAACACCUCUUUGGUGGGCCGCUUCCGGGGGACAUGCGGAAAUUAUUUCGAUAUUGAUAGAAAACGGUGCAGAUCCAGAUCGACCUGACAGUUAUUCUGGCCGCAGGCCUCUUCAUGAAGCGGCUAGCCACGACCACCCUGCAGCCAUAGAAACACUACUGAAGGCCGGGGUCAGUCCUUCAACGAAAAAGACUCUUGAUAAUCCUUGGGAUAGGCGUAGCCGUUCCCGGUCAUCGAUUGGCGACACACCGGUCGAGUAUGCCUGUAAUGGCAAUAUGAAGGCACUGAAAGCAUUUCUCCCCUUUAUAAGAGACGAUUUGGAUUUGAUGCACCGUGCCUUGGCGUGGGCAGCCAAAUCGAAAUCAUCGAAAUGCGUUGACUUGCUGCUUCAGCAACCGGGCGUGGAUAUCAACAAAACCGUUAACGGCCAGACGAUGCUUUACAGAGCUUGCGAGGCAGUUGAUGAAGACAUGGUGGCAAUGCUAUUGAAGGCUGGAGCGGAUGUUAAUAUUAUAUGCGAUGCCGGUGAGGAUGCGGCUUGGCGAUGGACAUAUACGCAAGAUGAACCCGCCAGACUGACCUGCUUCUUUGCUCUAUGUAAUCAAACCGGCAGUGAAUAUUAUAACGACAAACUGCAAGUUAUAUUCUCGCUUCUGGUCGAGGCCGGAGUUGACAUUCAUUACCGGACACCGUUGGGUGAAACAGCAUUACAUACCGCCGCUCAUUGUCCAGUCCUCAUCAAGUUGCUGUUAGAAGCAGGGCUUGAUGCAAAUGCCACCGAUAUCACUGGCGCAACUCCCCUUCACGUUAUGCGUUCAGGAUCGGCACCCUGGAUACCGUCUAUAGAACUUCUUGUUGAGCAAGGGCAUGCUGAUAUCAAUGCUACAAAUGAAUACGGGCAAACAAUUCUUCACUGUCUUAUCCACAAUGGUGAUGAACCAACAACUCUAAGAUUCUUGGAGUAUGGACCAAACUGCAAUGCAGUCGAUAACAUGGGCAACACUCCAUUGCAUGCCCUUAUGCAGCAACCUAAACUAACCGCAGAACUGGUCAAGGCCGUACUCGCUGGAGGAGUCGAUCCCAACGCACGAAAUCACGACGGUGUGACUGCAAUACUAAUUUGGAACAAGUCCAGCGGGGAUCGGACAGAUAUUCUAGACAUCCUUCUCGAGGCGGGUGCCGAUAUCAACGCGGUGGACACGCAUGGAAACAAUCCAAUCUUUCGAUCACUCCCCCUUUUCUUGUUUAUGAACGAGAAGGACCCACACAAAGAUAUUAAAUAUUUUAUCGAUCGAGGAGUUUCACCAUUCCAACGCAAUUUCCGUGGCGAAACAGCUCUGCACUACGCCAUGAAGUGCCCCAAUGCCUAUGAGUCGAGAUCCGGGGCCGAUAAUCCCAUGACGAGGCUUGAAUUCCUGCUUAGUGUAAACCUCGACGUGAAGGCUGUUGACUAUAACGGAAAUAACCUCCUUCAUACACUUGCCAUGUUGGGUGUAAACCACAGCUCUUAUCAUGGCCCGCCAUUAUUAGAACUCUGGGAGAAGCUUCUCGGUAUGGGCUUAGACUUGGAGCAGAAGAACCAUGCCGGUCGCACACCACUGCACUUCUUAUGCGCAGCCCAUGAUCGUUGGCUUCACAUGCCGCCAGGAAAAACCAUGCCCAUUGAUCUCGUCAUUUCCCGAACAAAUAAUAUCAAUGGCCCCGAUAAUGAUGGAAUCACUCCUCUCCACAUAGCUGUGUGUUGCCAAGGGCUGUAUGCCAAAAAGCUGAUUGAUGCUGGCGCAAAUCCUCUGGUUUAUACUCAUGAAAGGCUGACUCCUCUUCAUCUUGCUGCCCGGUGCAGAGACAGCAACAAUGUCGGCCUACUGUUAGACGCACUGAGGAAACAACAGCAGGACCUACCAGAUACUAACAACACCCAGUCAGGAAAAGUAAUGGGCGUGGAUGCGAAAGUAAAAACUGGCCUGGUCUCCAAUACACCUCUUUACUACGCCUGUAGGUCCGGAAGACCUGAAACAGUGUCUCUGCUGCUGGAAGCUGGAGCAGAUGCUAAACUCAACGACAUCUUCCGAGGCUGUCUUGAAUUUGAAGAAGAGUGCAUACUAUGGAAGCAUCCUCAUGCGCAACAAGAUGGUGGCGAAUAUUCAGACAGGGCACCUCUACACCUUCGUGAUUCAUUCCGUCCCGAUGGAUCUUGCCAGAGCCACAGUACAGUUCCGGGUAUAGGUAUAGGCGACACAGCACGGCUUGAUGAGAUUGUUGAUAUGCUUGUCGAGCAUGGAGCCGAUAUUUCUUUGCGAGUAAAUCGCCCUGGGAGGCGGGAAGAAGGCGUCAUCAACACAGCCGUCGCGAAACAAAGGAAUUAUACUGCUUCCUGUUUAAUGCGCGCUCUCGGUACGGACGCCACAGAAGGGAUGGAUAAGCUCACAAAGUUCUCUCAAGUUGCACGUCGCCAUGAGCAAGAAGCUGCGGUUGAGACCCUGACAUCGUCACGCCUUAUUCAUCCCGGAGACGAGGGUCAAUCCGUGCCAUUAAACUUUGUCACGCGGUUUUUGAUUCGGAGAGAAUAUCAUCUUCUAGAAGAACUUGUUCGGCUAGGAGCAACAUUUCUUCCCAAAUUUACUCGAGAUUCCGAGGACAAGCCAAACGAGAACGCCACCUUGUUACAUCUUAUACAGCUUGGCUUCACGUCGCUUGUUGACAAGAUAGCAUCCAUUGAGACGGAGGCACAGUUAGAGAAAGGAGAAUGGCAUGCUUUUGGCGACAAAACAAAGCCAGGCUUGUUCUUCUCAAAGAGAGAUGGCACUGCAGCUCCUUUUACGCCAUUUCUUCUUGCCGCCGUUCAGAGAGAGUUGCCAAACAUGGAUAUGGUUCGAUUGCUUGUUGAGAAGUUUGCGGUCAACGUCAACGAGACUGGCACUGAUAUGGAAUCCGCUCUCUUUGGGGUCGCACGAGGCAAUACCUGGUGGCAAGUCUGCCAGGCAUUGCCUUAUCUGCUUGAUGCCGGCGCGGACAUUCACAUGCGUAAUGCAAAGGGGCAGACGCCACUCCAUAUGGCUCUCCAAGGAGACGGCAAUUAUCCAGGACCCUUUAACUGGGAAGCAGCCAAGAUACUAAUCGAAAGAGGAGCAGAUGUCAAUGCGGUUGACGGCCAGGGCCAGAGCUGUCUUGCAUGCGCACAGCAUAACGUCGAUAUGGUCCAUCUUCUCAUCAAGCAUGGAGCAACCGUCACGCUGGACUCGAUUUUUGGCGCCAUUGACUCCAGUAAUGCUGAAGUUCUUCAAGCGCUCUUGUCUAGCGGUAUAGACAUAAAUGUUGUGGGAGACGCGCCGGUCGAUGAGUCAGACGUGAGGAGAAGAAAGAAGAUGGGUACAUAUGAGGAGCCACAUAAAGAAUUCCCACUGCAUUUUGCCGCCAGGCAUUUGAGCUUGGAUUGGUGUCAGUCGCACAACUUUCAUCAGGACCUCGCCAUGAGAACGAAGAUCAUUAAGAUACUCAUUCAGCAUGGAGCUGAUCCGUUUGCAAAAUUCCUCAAGAGAGACAAAAAGGCCGAGGACGAUUCCAAUCUCGCAGAAACACAAAUCACCACUAUCGAUGUGCCUAAAGGCUAUAGGGAAUGCACCUUAUUACAUUACGUACUUGGUUCGGAUAUACUUGCAGAUCCGUUUCUUCAAAUUCCAAAUCUCGACGUCAACCAUCGAGACGCCAAAGGCCGCACCCUCCUCCAUGCGAUCUGCGAUAAUGCCGGUGGCUAUGAUGAUGGUGGUGGCCCCGAUCAUAUCAUCGGAUCAGACGCGAAUAACGACGUGAUUGCGCCGGAGGAGCGAGUUACCUCAUUUCAGCAACUUUUGUCUCUCGGUGCAGAAUUGGAGGCGACAGAUCACUUUGGCCGAAACGUCAUUCAUUAUAUGCUUGCUGCUGAAGAGCGCCUUUAUUAUUCUACCUUGUACCAGAAAUCCCUGGCCUACGUUCUUGAAAAGGCCCCCGGUUUAAUGAACCAGGCGGACAGAAAUGGCGAUACUCCGUUUCACUAUGCCGUGAGGCGUGCCAACCGUCGGGAGACUGCCGAGGAAUUAGAGGUGCUGUUGGCAGCGGGAGCAGAUCCUACAGUUGUCAACAAGAAGGGAGAAACUCUGCUGCAUAUACUAGGAGCGGGUAUUUCUCAUGUGAGUCUACGCACCUUCUUUCACACCUUGGUCGGUCGCGGUGUUGAUAUAAAUGCUCGCAACAACCGUGGGGAGACGGCAUUGUUUUCAUUCUAUAGUUUGCCAAAGUUUGAGAGGUGGCUGUAUUCCAGCCAUGAAAUCAAACCUUCACCAGAACUUGUCAAGCCAAUGCUGGAAACCAUAGGUGGCGACUUCUUUGUUAGGGAUAACCGAGGACGAGGUCUCUUACAUGCCGCUGCGGCUGGGGAUGUCGAACGAUUUCAGGAGCUUAGGGAUCUAGGGCUCGAUCCCAUGAUGGAGGAUGAGGCUCAGCAGACGGCGAUUGAUGUGGCUGCUGCGCGUGGAAACAGGGAUGUUUUGGAGUUGUUUGAAAAGAAGGAAUAA